AUGGAAAGGUUACCGACCAAGUGUGCCCUGGCGAUAAGAAACAUAUCGGUCCAGAAUAAGUUGUGUGUUCUUUGUGGUGAUUAUGCAGAAACGUCAGAGCAUAUAUUUGUAGCAUGCCAGUUCGCCCAAAUGAUUUGGCAAAACAUUGCGGAUUGGUGCAAAGUCCCGCCUAUAUUUGCUUUCGAAUUGAAUGAUGUACUUACUUUACAUGAAACAUGCUCUGGAUCCUCGACAAAGAAGAAGGUGAUUCAUGCGGUGAUUCUGGUAACUAUUUGGAGCCUUUGGAAGCUAAGAAACGAGUCCGUUUUUAGACACUCGCUUCCUCACACAACGAAGAUCCUAGACGAGAUUAAAGCUAUGGCGUACCUUUGGGUUAAAAAUCGAGCAAAGACGGUGUCAUUGACGUGGGAAGAUUGGAGUCGGUUUAAUUUUCUUGCUUAG